AUGGAGCUCAUGAACUCCACUUUGGAAAAUGGCUUCAUCUUGGUGGGUAUUCUGGAUGGCAGUGGCUCUCCUGAAUUGAUCUGUGCCACAAUCACAGCCCUGUACAUGUUGGCCCUGACCAGCAAUGGACUGCUGCUCCUGGUCAUCACACUGGAUGCCCGGCUCCAUGUGCCCAUGUACCUCCUACUCAGGCAACUGUCUCUCAUUGACCUCCUCUUCACAUCAACUGUCACCCCAAAGGCUAUUGUGGAUUUUCUGCUCAAAGACAACACCAUAUCCUUUGAGGGCUGUGCACUUCAAUUGUUUUCAGCAAUGACAUUGGGUGGUUCAGAGGACCUCCUUCUGGCCUUCAUGGCCUAUGACAGGUAUGUGGCCAUUUGUCAUCCUCUAAACUACAUGAUCUUGAUGAGUCCAAAGGUCUGUUGGCUCAUGGUGGCCAUAUCAUGGAUUCUGGCAUCCCUUAGUGCACUAGGGCACACUGUGUACACAAUGCACUUCCCUUUCUGCAUGUCCCAGGAAAUCAGACACCUGCUUUGUGAGAUUCCUCCAUUGUUGAAGUUGGCUUGUGUAGACACCUCUCAAUAUGAGCUCAUGGUUUAUGUAACAGGGGUGAUAUUCCUAUUGCUUCCACUUUCUGCCAUUUUUACUUCCUACUCACUAAUUCUGUCCACUGUCCUGCACAUGCCCUCAAAUGAAGGCAGGAAGAAAGCCCUAGUCACCUGUUCCUCCCACUUGACUGUGGUUGGGAUGUUCUAUGGGGGUGCCACUUUCAUGUAUGUCCUGCCCAGUUCCUUUCACAACCCUAAGCAAGACAAUAUCAUCUCUGUGUUCUACACAAUUGUCACACCUGCUCUGAACCCCCUCAUCUACAGCCUGAGGAAUAAAGAGGUCAUUGGGGCUUUUAGAAGGAUCUUGGGGAGACAUAUUUUGCCAGCACACUCCACCCUUUAG